UGUUGCUAAAGGUUGGCAAGUGUUUAAAUGUAGAGAGCGCAGCGUGGUGGUGGACGGUACUGGCUUAUUUGGAAGGAUUUUUAAGCUAUAACUAACAUGACUCGUGUUAAACCCAGUGCCAAAGAGGACAGUCCUGCUGUGAAAAAGGGAAGAGCAAGUAAAAGGACAAACAAAGUAACCGAGGACGACAAAGAUUCCAGUGAAGCAGAAACAAAGGAAAGUACAUCAGAUGAGCAUGGUGAUGUACCCAAAGAAAGUAUAAAAAGGAAGAGUAAGGACAUGACUGAGAUAGAAGGGAAAAAUAAGAAUGCAAAUAAAAAGAGGGCAAAAAACAAAAAGGCUGUUGCAGAAGAAAACCACAAGGAAGAUGACUUCAAUGACAAACCACAAGUAAAGAAAAGGAAAAGUUCCAACAAGAUUUCCAAAGAUGAAAAAGGUGCCCAUAUCAGUGAUUAGAAAAGUCUGCAAUUUAACCCUUAA